AUGUAUGGCCUCGCUCCGCAGUGAGACGGCUGGGUAUUGAUGUAUUUUAAGGAGGUGGCUUCUGCUCCAUCCUCUGGCUCUGACUGCUAAGAGUUGAAAUCGUUCACACGCACUCGCCUCGCCGUUCCGUACAAUCCGCGUCUCAAUGCAGAGGCUGAAAGCGCAUCACUAAUGGCAACCAACACGGGAGAUUGCGGUAUCGAGACGAGCAGAGAGCGUUCGUCUAUGGUUGCAACCUUUUAUCGACUUUAGCAACGAAGCGGUGUGAAUCUUUUUUGGGAAUUUAUUGGGAAGCAUCUCUUGACUUUGUCGGGCAGAUUCAGAGGCGAUGUCGCGAUUGGGGAUUUCCUUCUUGUGCCUCUGUGGAACGAUGUACAUCGUAUAUGCCAGCAACCCAAACGAAGACGCCGAUUAUAAGGCUCGGCGGGAUGGAAGCGGGUAUCUUGGUAAAGAAAAAACAGUCCCUCUACGGUUAAUUUACCGAAUGGACAACUACAGUCAAACCACACACGACGUUCUCAACACAAGGAUCAGAGCGAGCUUCGACUCCAAACAGAGUAACCAUGUGGCUCAAGCCAGCUUCCAGGUGGACGCCUUUGGACAAACAUUCAUCCUGGACGUCGAGCUCAAUCACAAUCUUCUUUCUUCGAAGUAUGUGGAGAAGCAUGUCUAUGAGGAGGGCAAAUCCAUCAUCUCCAAAGGGGGAGAGCACUGCUACUAUCAGGGAAAAGUUCGGGACAUCCCAGAAUCCUUCGUUGCCCUCUCCACGUGUCAUGGACUGCAUGGCAUGUUCUUUGAUGGGAAUCACACAUAUAUGAUCGAGCCUGGAGGAGACAGCACUCUUGAUGCGGGUGAAACCCAGAUCCACUUGAUAUAUAAAUCCCCUGGCCUGGAGGCUCCUGAGGGCUUUCUACAUCCCAGUGUUCUCCUGGAGUCUCCCUUUCAAACGCCACCAGUAUAUCCCGGGUCAAAGGUCGCACUCCGGAGAAGCAAAAGACAAGUAUCCAGAACUCCACACAGUGUGGAGGAAGAGACCAAAUACAUUGAGCUGAUGGUUAUAAACGAUCACCUCAUGUACAAGAAACACCGUCUGUCAGUGGGCCACACAAAUAACUAUGCCAAAUCAGUCAUCAAUAUGGCAGACUUGGUCUUCAAAGAGCAGCUCAACACUCGCAUUGUGCUGGUUGCCAUGGAAACGUGGGCAGCAGACAACCACUUCAACAUCAACGACGACCCGAUGGUUACCCUCAAAGAGUUCAUGAAGUACAGGAGGGACUUCAUCAAGACCAAGGCCGAUUCCGUGCACCUGUUUUCGGGCAACCGUUUCCAUAGCAGCUGGGGAGGGGCAUCCUACAUGGGUGGAGUUUGCUCACUGACAAAAGGGGGAGGAGUUAACGAGUACGGCAAAGCGGAGGAGAUGGCCAUCACCUUGGCCCAGUCCCUGGGGCAAAACAUCGGCAUUUUCUCUGACAAGAAGAGAAUUCUCAACGGGGAGUGUAAGUGUGAUGAUAAGUGGUCUGGCUGCAUCAUGGAUGAUGUUGGGCACAGCAGUUUCUAUCUGCCCAAGCGCUUCUCCGACUGUAAUGUGGAGGAGUACCACAACUUCCUCAACAGUGGCGGAGGAGCCUGCCUCUUCAACGAGCCCGCAAAGUUAUUGGACCCUCCAGAGUGUGGUAAUGGAUUUGUUGAGCCUGGGGAGGAGUGUGACUGUGGCACCCCAGCGGAGUGUCAGCUGGAGGGGGAGGCCUGCUGUAAGAUGUGCACCCUCACACAAGGUUCCAAGUGCAGCAAUGGACAGUGUUGCAAGGCCUGCCAGAUGGAGUAUAUGGGGGUGGUGUGUCGAGAGGCGGUAAACGACUGUGACAUACCCGAGAACUGCACUGGCAACUCCAGCCAGUGCCCGCCGAAUGUCCACAAGAUGGACGGGUACACAUGUGAGAAAGACCAGGGCCGAUGUUUCAACGGGAGAUGCAAGACUAAAGACAGGCAGUGCAAAUACAUCUGGGGAGAGAAGGCCACUGCAGCUGACAAGUUCUGUUACGAGAAGCUGAACAUCGAGGGGACAGAGAAGGGGAACUGUGGGAGGGAAAAGGACAUGUGGGUCCAGUGCAAAAAGCAGGAUGUCCACUGUGGCUACCUGCUGUGCUCCAACAUCUCUCCUGCUCCCAGACUGGGGGAGCUACAGGGAGGCCUGACCUCCUUCAGUGUGGCCCAGCACAGUGCCUCUCUGGACUGCAGUGGUGGCCACGUGAUGAUUGACGGGGACAUGGACCUGGGCUAUGUAGAGGACGGCACGGCCUGCAGUGCUGACAGCAUCUGCUUCAACCACAAGUGCCUCCCUGUGCAGGACUUCAACUUCAGCACCUGCCCCGGCACCACCGACAAGAUCAUCUGCUCAGGACACGGGGUGUGCAGUAAUGAGCUGCGGUGUGUGUGUAACCUGGGAUGGGCAGGAGACGACUGCAACUCCAGCUCUCCCCUCAGCGCCCUCAUCGCACGUCCCACGUCCUCACCUGCCUUGGUGAACACCAACAUCAUCGUGGGCGCCAUCACUGGCUCCAUCCUUGUACUGGGGCUCAUCGUCGCCAUAGCAGCCUGGGGAUACAAGAGCUACAGGCAACGCAAAUAUGCAGAGUCAGAAGUUCACAGAAGAUUCUGCCGACAAAUGCCGGCGGGAGACUACGUGAAGAAGCCGGGCGAUGCUGACUCCUUCUACAGCGACAUGCCUCAGGGCGUGAGCUCCAACUCGGCCAGCAGCUCCAAGAAGAGGUCAAACGGUCUGUCCCACUCGUGGAGCGAAAGAAUCCCAGAUGCCAAACACUCCGACAUCUGUGAGAACGGACGACCCAGGAGCAACUCAUGGCAAGGGAAUAUAAGUGGAAGCCGUAAAAAGAUGAAGGGCAAGAGGUUCCGCCCGCGCUCCAACUCCACAGAGACUCUGUCCCCAGCGAAGUCGCCCACCUCGUCCACAGGGUCUAUAGCGUCCAGUCGCCGCUACCCCUACCCUCUGCCCCCGCUGCCCGAUGAGGAGCGGAAAGCGAACCGACAGAGUGCCAGGCUCUGGGAGACAUCAAUAUAAGAAGAUCCUACAUUUCUGUCGCUUUUAUACAAAUGAGGAGUUAAAACAGGAACAGAAUUUAAACAGUGAUAAAACAAAACAAGGAUGGACGACUGAAGAUGAGGAUUCGUGGAGAAUAAAAAGGUGCAUUGGGGGGAAAAAAAGUCCUCCAGAACUCUAGGGGGCACUGUGGCAAGAGCAGCCCUGAUCCCACAUUCAGCUACACACUGCUAUUAUUCAUCGCCAACGUGCAAUGACACACCAACUCACUCACAACUAAGGCGGGCCGCCACCUCCACGGCAACCAUUAAAUUCCCCCUCAGAGUGGACUGGAGUGAGUGGCCGGAGCUUGGGUCCCUCUAAGAAUCCCAACCAAUACCCCUUUCCAAUAUUGACAUGCCCCGCCCCUUUCAAUACACAAACUCUUCUUUGAUUGGUCACCUGACUGCCUGAACAAUGUAAAACAGGGCAGGGCUAGGCUAAUGUUAUUAUGGGGCGGGGAAGGGUAGGGAAGCACGCAUUCACUGUAGAAAUAAAAAAAUAAAAAAAUACACUGUAUGCAUGACAAAAAAAAAAAAUCAGCUUAAACCAUUCCUAGUGUUAUAAUGAAGUGUUAACAUGAAGACGACAAAAAAGAUCCUUUUGUUUUCUUUUCUUUUUGGUGAAAGCAUACAUUGUAGAGGGCUGCAUGUGACCGAGGGUUGACCUGUCUGAGGGUUGACCUGUCUGAGGGUUGACCUGUCUGAGGGUUGACCUGUCCGAGGGUUGACCUGUCUGAGGGUUGACCUGUCUGCCCGUCUGUAUAAUUCCACUUCUUUGUUCAUCCACCCCCCACCCC